CUUAAUAGGGAGAGAGAGAGAGAGAUUGACUUUCUAGUCGUUUACAGCUAAGCUUUUAUUUUGAGUGUUGGCUUGGGGGCGUUUCUUACUCUUUGUUGCCGUUGUUGACCGAAGCUCUGCCCUUUUGAAUAUUCGCUUCUAUAUUCUCAGACAAAGCGAUCCAAUCUUAGUCUUCAUUUCCUGCUUUCCUCGCAAAUCAAUCGAAAUGAUUUUUUGUUUUGAGAGUGUCUUGUAAUUCGGUGAUUCAAUUCCAGUUUGCUCGUUUUAUUCUUCAUUCAGACAAGUUGCCGAACACAAGUUGGGUUUUGUUUGGUGGUCAAACUUGUGUACUUCAUUUGACUUGGGAAAUGCUUCAUUGUCUUCCUCGGAAUUCAAUCGCUUUUGAUUGUCUCUGAAUUGGGAUCUUUUUCUUUUAAUAUUUGAUUUCUGGGUUUCUGUUUGAUUUGAAUAUCUCAAUUCCGUUCCUGAUAUAUUGGAUUUAGUAUAUCACCUUGGACAGGAUUUCAUAAACCACCUAUAUUUAUAUUAUAUUAGCUUGAGUUGUUGGAAUUUGAACUUUGAUUCUUGCACCUUUGUGAUUCUGGGUAACUGGGUUAUUUGAAAGCUAUUUGUUUUGCCCAUUGAUUCAUCUGAGAAGUUAGAGGGGAUGAAAGGAAAAGGUGGAACACCAGGAAAUUACUUUGUGUUAAACACAGGAGCUAAAAUUCCAGCCAUUGGACUUGGGACAUGGCAGAGCGGCGGAGACCUCUGUGUUGGAGCUGUAAAAACGGCAUUGUCGGUUGGGUACCGUCAUAUAGAUUGUGCACAUCUUUAUGGGAAUGAGACUGAAGUUGGGGAAGCACUCACCGACGCAUUCAAAGGUUCAUUGAAGAGGGAGGAUGUUUUCUUAACUUCUAAGCUAUACUGUACCAUGAAUUCACUUAAUAAAAUCGAGAACUAUGUUAAAGUUUCUCUCAAGAAUCUUGGAGUUUCUUUCUUGGAUCUCUAUUUGAUGCAUUGGCCCGAGAGCUCGGCGUUUGGUGAUGCUACUGAUCCUCCUUCAAAGUCGGGGAGUGAGUAUAGGCAGUUUUUGAAUCGGUUGAAGAAAGCGUGGAAAGCCAUGGAAGGUCUCGUUGAGUUGGGUCUGGUUCGAGCUAUUGGAGUCAGCAAUUUCAGCAUCCAGCAGAUCAAAGAAUUGCUUAAAUUUGCAAAAAUUGUACCUGCGGUGAAUCAGGUGGAAUUGCACCCUUUCUGGAGGCAAAAUGAACUUGUGAAGUUCUGUCAACUAAAAGGUAUCCAUGUAUCUGCUCAUACACCUUUAGGAGUACCUACUUCAACUCCUGGACCAUCUGACAGUGGAUCAGGUGGGGAAGAUGAACCUGGAACUCCUCGCAUAUCAUUUAGGAGAUCAAGAUCUGUGCAUGGCCCUAUGCUCAAAUUGUCAGUUGUUGCACAAAUAGCUGAUAGACAUAAAAAGACACCAGAGCAGGUUAUUUUGCGGUGGGGACUGCAAAGGGGAACCAGUGUCCUACCUUGUAGCCUGAAAGCUGACAGGAUAAGGCAAAACAUAGACAUUUUCAGUUGGUCUCUCUCAGAUGAUGAGUGGAACCGCUUGAACCAGAUUGAACCACAGGUGUGUUUAUUUGGACAUAGUCCUCUGAGUAAUCUUUCGGACAAUGUCUUUAUGUUUGGGAGCCGUCCACUACAAGCUGUGCGUGAGAUGGAAGAUGACAUGGAGUCCAAUGCCUGAUAUUUCAUAUUAUUUGCUUCAGAUGUUGUGCCAUUGGUGUUCAAAUGUGUGAUCAAGUUAUGAUAUGUCAUGUGCCUAUUGUUUGUAAGAUUUUGAUUUGUUGGUGCAAGAAUAGAAAGUCAAACCAGACUCUGUUAAUUGAAAAAGUGGGGAAUAUUUGUGUUUGAAAACAAAGAUGAUAUCUUUAGAUCUUCCAGCCACGAUGAUGUCUUUGAUGCGAAAUAAAAUUACAAAAAAAAAAAAAAAAGGUCGGGGUGCUACUAUUUUCAGCAUGGAUUGAUUGUAUUAUUGAAUGGUUGCAUUUGGAGAAUCAACAUCAAUCAGUAUGAAUGAAGUUGCCUGAAUCGGCUGUCAUACAUUAUGACUUGCACAUUUUUGGUC